CCGUGGAGGAGAAGAAAGAAAAAGAGGAAAAAGAGAAUUAGUGGUGUUUAGAAGAGCUGGUGUGUGGCUGAAAACAGCUGAACCCAUCUUUGUGUAACUGAGGGCAAUAAAACCAUCUUGAAAGGGGCAGCAGCUCCCCGUUCUGAGGAACUAGUUGCACAACCUCAAAGCGGCGAAGAGGCUCCCUGGUGCCAGAAAUCAAGUUCAUACCUGUUGCUGAUGUAAUUAUGUCAAGGGACAAAUAACAAGUUGACCCAGCUGGGGCACGUGGAAGACCAUUUCACCAGCCUGCAGAGAAUGUACAACAACUGCGAAGUGGUACUGAGUAACCUGGAGAUUACCUACGUGGAGCAUAACCGUGAUCUCUCCUUCCUUAAGACCAUACAGGAGGUUGCAGGCUAUGUGCUCAUUGCACUUAACAUGGUGGACGUUAUUCCCUUAGAAAACCUCCAGAUUAUCCGAGGGAAUGUGCUUUACGACAACUCUUUCGCCCUGGCAGUUUUAUCCAAUUACCACAUGAAUAAAACCCAGGGACUUCGAGAGCUGCCGAUGAAACGGCUAUCAGAAAUUCUCAAUGGAGGUGUUAAAAUCAGCAACAAUCCCAAACUGUGCAACAUGGACACUGUUCUGUGGAAUGACAUCAUCGAUACAAGCAGGAAGCCUCUCACAGUACUUGACUUUGCAAGCAAUCUUUCUUCUUGUCCUAAGUGCCAUCCGAACUGCACAGAAGACCACUGCUGGGGUGCUGGUGAACAGAACUGCCAGACUUUAACAAAAGUCAUCUGUGCCCAGCAAUGCUCUGGGCGGUGCAGAGGAAAGGUGCCCAGUGACUGCUGCCACAACCAGUGUGCUGCAGGGUGCACGGGACCUCGGGAGAGCGACUGCCUGGCAUGCCGCAAGUUUCGGGAUGAUGCUACCUGCAAGGACACGUGUCCCCCACUGGUCCUCUAUAACCCCACCACCUACCAAAUGGAUGUCAACCCCGAGGGAAAAUACAGCUUUGGAGCCACUUGUGUGAGGGAAUGUCCACACAACUAUGUGGUGACAGAUCAUGGCUCCUGUGUUCGCUCAUGCAAUACUGAUACCUACGAAGUGGAAGAAAACGGCGUUCGGAAGUGUAAAAAAUGUGAUGGGCUGUGCAGCAAAGUGUGCAAUGGCAUUGGAAUAGGUGAACUUAAAGGGAUCCUAUCCAUAAACGCCACAAACAUCGACUCCUUCAAAAACUGUACAAAGAUCAACGGGGAUGUCAGCAUUCUUCCUGUUGCAUUUCUGGGGGAUGCCUUCACAAAGACACUACCCCUUGACCCUAAGAAGCUGGAUGUCUUCAGAACAGUCAAAGAAAUAUCAGGAUUUCUGUUGAUUCAGGCCUGGCCUGAUAAUGCUACUGAUCUCUAUGCUUUUGAAAAUCUGGAGAUUAUCCGAGGCCGAACCAAGCAGCAUGGCCAGUAUUCCCUUGCUGUUGUUAACUUGAAAAUACAGUCCUUGGGGCUGCGCUCCCUCAAGGAAAUAAGUGAUGGAGACAUUGCCAUUAUGAAGAACAAGAACCUCUGCUAUGCUGACACCAUGAACUGGCGCAGCUUGUUUGCUACUCAGAGUCAGAAAACAAAAAUAAUACAGAACAGAAAUAAAAAUGACUGUACUGCUGACAGGCAUGUGUGUGACCCGCUGUGCUCGGACGUGGGCUGCUGGGGCCCAGGGCCUUUCCACUGCUUUUCCUGCAGGUUUUUCAGUCGCCAGAAGGAGUGUGUGAAACAGUGCAACAUCCUGCAAGGGGAGCCACGUGAGUUUGAAAGGGACUCCAAAUGCCUCCCCUGCCACUCAGAGUGUCUGGUACAGAACUCCACUGCAUACAACGCAACCUGCACUGGACCUGGCCCAGACCACUGUGUGAAGUGUGCCCAUUUUAUAGAUGGUCCCCACUGUGUGAAGACCUGCCCCGCAGGGGUGCUGGGUGAGAAUGACACCCUCGUCUGGAAGUAUGCAGAUGCCAAUGCUGUUUGCCAGCUCUGCCAUCCAAACUGUACACGAGGGUGCAAAGGACCAGGUCUUGAAGGAUGUCCAAAUGGCUCCAAAACUCCAUCUAUCGCGGCUGGUGUUGUCGGAGGACUCCUGUGCCUGGUUGUGGUUGGUUUGGGCAUUGGCCUGUACCUGCGGCGACGUCACAUCGUGCGGAAGCGCACGCUGCGCAGGCUGCUGCAAGAGAGGGAGCUUGUCGAACCGCUGACACCCAGUGGGGAGGCACCAAACCAGGCCCACCUGAGAAUUUUAAAGGAAACAGAAUUUAAAAAGGUCAAAGUUUUGGGUUCUGGAGCUUUUGGCACUGUUUAUAAGGGACUUUGGAUCCCAGAAGGGGAAAAGGUUAAAAUUCCUGUUGCUAUUAAAGAAUUGAGAGAGGCUACAUCACCAAAAGCCAACAAGGAAAUACUUGAUGAAGCCUAUGUGAUGGCUAGUGUUGACAAUCCUCAUGUGUGCCGCUUGCUGGGAAUCUGCCUCACUUCUACUGUGCAGCUCAUCACCCAGCUCAUGCCUUAUGGCUGCCUCCUUGACUACAUCCGAGAGCACAAGGACAACAUUGGCUCUCAGUACCUCCUCAACUGGUGUGUGCAGAUUGCAAAGGGAAUGAACUACCUGGAGGAACGUCGCCUGGUGCACCGUGACCUUGCUGCCAGGAAUGUCCUUGUUAAGACUCCACAACAUGUGAAAAUCACAGACUUUGGGCUGGCAAAGCUGCUUGGGGCUGAUGAGAAGGAGUAUCACGCAGAGGGAGGCAAGGUUCCUAUUAAAUGGAUGGCAUUGGAGUCAAUUUUACACCGAAUUUAUACUCAUCAAAGUGAUGUCUGGAGUUAUGGUGUGACAGUUUGGGAGUUGAUGACAUUUGGGUCCAAGCCUUACGAUGGGAUCCCUGCAAGUGAAAUCUCCUCUGUCUUGGAGAAGGGCGAGCGUCUGCCUCAGCCACCCAUUUGUACCAUUGAUGUGUACAUGAUCAUGGUCAAAUGCUGGAUGAUCGACGCAGACAGCCGGCCCAAGUUUCGUGAGCUGAUUGCAGAGUUCUCCAAAAUGGCUCGUGACCCUCCCCGCUAUCUUGUUAUACAGGGAGAUGAAAGGAUGCAUUUGCCCAGCCCUACAGAUUCCAAGUUUUAUCGCACCCUGAUGGAGGAGGAGGACAUGGAAGACAUUGUGGAUGCAGAUGAGUAUCUCGUCCCACACCAGGGCUUUUUCAACAGCCCAUCUACAUCUCGGACUCCUCUCCUGAGUUCAUUGAGCGCUACUAGCAACAAUUCUGCUACAACCUGCAUUGACAGAAAUGGGCAGGGGCACCCUGUGAGGGAAGACAGCUUUGUCCAGAGGUACAGCUCAGACCCAACAGGUAAUUUCUUGGAGGAGAGCAUAGAUGAUGGCUUCCUGCCUGCUCCAGAGUACGUAAACCAGUUGAUGCCCAAUAAACCAUCUACCGCCAUGGUCCAAAAUCCAAUCUACAACAACAUCUCUCUCACAACAAACUCAAAGCUCCCCAUGGACUCAAGCUACCAGAAUUCCCACAGCACAGCUGUGGACAACCCUGAAUAUCUCAACACUAACCAGUCCCCACAGGCCAAAACAGUUUUCGAGAGCUCUCCUUACUGGAUCCAAUCAGGCAAUCAUCAAAUAAAUCUGGACAAUCCUGACUACCAGCAGGACUUUCUACCAAAUGAAACGAAACCUAACGGUCUCUUGAAAGUUCCUGCAGCAGAAAAUCCAGAGUACUUGAGGGUAGCAGCACCAAAAAGUGAAUACAUUGAAGCUUCAGCAUGACCACAGAGGAUUUCUUCUUGCAUUGAGGCAAGCCAGACUGGUGAAUCAUCUGGCUGCUGCAAGAGCAAAAACUGUUCAGCGCGAAUGGCAACCACAAUGCAUCAAUAAGCACACUUCAGCACGCAAUCUGAAUCUGCAAAGCCAAUCUCACAGGACAGUUUGGGUCUUUUCUUGCCCAUUUCCAUGUAUAGCUGAAGCCCAUGCCCUGCACUGAGAUGUGUGUUGAAAUGGAGCGGGACCUUUCUUGUACAGAAAAAAGAUGGAUGCAUUCCUUUCAUUUUCAAAUGGUAGCAUGGUAAGAAGCCACUCUGGGAUGAACUUGUGAGCUGUACACUAUGUACAGUCAAAUUUCUUUCUACAAUGUGUAUUUUUAUAAAUGUUUCUAACAGAUUUUUUGGAUCUUUUACAAGAUCAGAUGCUUGUACUGCUCAUCUGUUAGUUGGUGAUCAGAUCACCAGCAGAAAGAAAAACAAUGUUACUAAAUAGUUUUCCAAAGGUCCUGGAACAGAAAUAGUUAUUCCAAAACACAGGAUUUUUACACAUUGGCUCCACAUACUGCAUCUUGGCAUGAAUAGGAAAAGUGCAUCUGGUGGAUGUAUGGGAGAUUCUGUCCAUGGCAGGAUGAAGCAGAUUAUUCUGGGGAAAACCAGCACAAGGAGUGAAUGGCAAGACACACCACCUACUGACCACUGCUGCUAAAAACUGACAGGAGGAAUGCAGCUCACAAUAAUUUGUAGAUUUUUACAGAGCACUCACUCGUCUGUUUUCUGAUGGUAAAACACAAGGCGUUUUUCUGAUGUAUUAUGCUAUUGUAGAGUUGUCAAAAUGCCUCUCUUCUUCAACAAAGCUGUUAAAGAUGUUGCCAUAACUGAAAAAAUAAGUGUCAAAUAAUGUUUAACAGAUUCUAAUUAAAUGUCAAGGAAAUGCAAAUGUUUGCAAAUUGCAACCUUCAUGAGACAGACAGGAAGACUGAUACUAAAUUAAACUUCAGAAAGGCAGGAAACACAGGUAGCUCUAGCCAAAUAGUCUCUUUUAGAGACUCGGAAAUCUUUUCGCCUACAUUUGGCAAAGAAAAUGGUCAUGCCCAUACUAGUGCUUUCCUCACUUCAAGGCAGAAUAUGGCCAGUAGCUGUAUAAUGCCAGGGCAGAGGCUAGGGCUGUACCUUUCCCGGUGGGGUGACCUCUCACACCUCAAAGCAACACAGGAGAGUCAGUGAGCAUGGGUUCGGAAGAGUAAGCUAGAAUGGUGGAAAAAAUUGCCUACCUCUUGUGAAACACAGCUUCUGCUUCUUCAAAAUUCCCAGCCCAGGCUUCUGUUGUCAGUGUGGAAGAGGCAGACUAGCCAAGGUUACGACUUUAACAUAAUAUAUAAAUACUGUGUAUACUGAUAGCAUGUCAGUCACCGGAACCAAAGCAGGUACUCUUUCAAGGGCUCCAUGUUACAAAACUUCUCUAGCAAAGAUAUUUCUUUGUGAAGUAGGAGUGAAAUGCCCAAAGUGUGACCUUCCAGCAGCUUGGCAGCAGUGCAAUUUUAAUCAAACCAUCAGUUCAGAAAUUAAAGGCGUGUUCAUCAAUUUUAGAACAUUGUUUUUACAGAUUUACUGAGGAGUGAAAGAGUGGUCAUGUGAAAUGACCCUUUUUAUAGAUAAUGCAGUGAAAAAGGCAUCGGCAGCUCCAGUGUGUGCUGUAGUUCAUCAGCUGCCUUUCAUUUUGAGGUAGAAAAGUGUAUUUAGUCAAAAUCCAAAGGUUUUCCUGGUCUGCUAUUUCAUAGAUUUGUGUCACUGAGACGUGAGUCCCAGCCACAGUGCUAUGGGGAAUGCAGUGUCUGACUUUGAUUAUUGCUGGUUUGUGUUUAAAACAAUAACCAAAAUAUAGUUCCCACGUCCAACUAGUGGCAGAUUUCUCCUUGCAUUCCUGAGAGCACAUUUGUUCUGUUGCUCUCAAAAGCAAUGUGAAUGCACAGGCAGUGCUUUUCUGCCCACCCACCACCCCAAGAGGAAUGUAUAUAAAACCAAAAUGUGUCCUAAAAGAAAGCACAGAUAAUUUUCAGUUCACUAAAUCUGUUCUGUCUCCAAGCAGAACACUAGAAAAUCAUACAGUGUGUGUCCUCCCAUAGCAAAUUUUCAACACCAUUACAUGGAAGAAUGUAUUGAUGUUUUAAUCUGUCAUCCAAAACAAGAAAGCCACUAAGAAGGAGCAAUAUCUAUAACCAGUGUUAUGUAGCAUUAAAAUUGUUCAAUAUUGGUUAGUUUGCUUGCCCUUCUAAAGCUAUUUAGGAGGAAUUCAGUAGAGACUUAUUACUAGGAACAAGGAAAUACAUCUAAAAAUUAUUUUUAUAUAUCUAUAUAUAUAAAUAUAUAUUUUUUUAAUGAGAAUACUAGGAAAGAGGAUUUAGCUCUUGAUAAAAACAUACAGGAAGAUUCCAGAUUUGUGGGAUUAGCUGCAUUGUGAAAUAAUUCCACUAAAUAUGCACCCUUUAAGCCAUGAUUUGUAAAUAGGCAGCGCAGCAACGAUUAAAAAGCCAGCAAAAUAAAAUAAAAAAAAAGGCAGUGCCUCAGGGGGCAGAUACAGUGGCACUGGGGUGAAUGAGAUUGUGCAGCUGCAUGGUUGGCAUGGGUGCUACACAGGGUAGUGCUUCUGGGUAACAUGCAUUAGCAAGGUACCCAACAAUUGCCACUGAAAAAAUAAUUAAUAAGCAGCUGAAAUGCAUUCUGUGUUGUUUUUUCUUUCCACUGCAGGUCACUGACCGUAUAACAGCAAGUAGCCCCAUAGGUGCUGGUAAAGCCAAACUGGGCCAGGCAGCACUUUCACAGGCACCUUGCUGGUGCAGCGUUGUACAAGAUGCAGGCUAUUGAAUGGGACAGAGAAGCUGUGGGCUUACAACUUUUAGGAAACUAAGUAUUAGAAUUUUAUUUUCUGAAUACUGGAAAAGAUAAAGGCACUGCAUCUUGACAGCUUACAUACAUCAGCAUCCAAAAAUAACUUGAAAGCGCUGCUGUUGUCUCUCAGGAUACGUGGGUAUAGAACACUGAUUUUAAAACACAGCUAAACAGGGUAAUGGAACAGGCCACAGCCACUGGUAAAAGCUAACAGACACUUUAUAAUCCAGAAAAUAAAACCUCAGUUUUCACUGUAUUUCUCAUGGAAGGCAAAAUGACACCACUUACAAGUUACUGUCUCUUAAUCAUAAAGCAGCAAUUAGUGACAAACUAUUUGAAAUAAUAAUUUAAGCACUACAUGCUUGGAUAUGAAAAUGUAAGUCACGUCAAGAGUCUUCAUGUCACUUCGAUGUUUUCCAGCAAUCUGUGUGCGGUGUUGGUGCACUUUAUUUCACUUGGGCCUUGGCUUGUUUUCUUCUGCUGCAAAGGAAAUUGGCUUGGGAAUUCUCCUACAUAAUGCAUUAUAAAAUAUGCUCCUGGGGUUUACUUGAGUGGAAGGGCAGAGUAGUGCCAGGCUGAGGACACAGACAGCCAGUCCACAUCUGAGACAGCUGCCGAGUUUGCAAUGAAUUGUUCUUGCAGGCACGGGUGGGAAUAGCUACACAAAUGGCUCUCCCUGCUUCCACCUUGCAGAGAAGUCCUCUAUAUUUCUAGAGAGACUGUACAAAAAACAGGGCUCAGCCUCUGUGCUUCAGGAGGCUUGAGGGUGUACCUGGGGCUGUGGCAGUGUCUGUGCCCUCAUACAGUGUCUGUGGUGUCCUCGGGCUGUCUGGGGGUGCUCCAGGCUGCCAACAAGAAACUUUGCAUUUCCAGACAAGCAGUCAUUUUUCAGAGUUCCAGCCUCUUCUACUAGUACAACUGCCUCUCCAGAUGAGGAGUUAGAAAAUGCCAGUUUUUAUUUCUGCCCAUGCUUCUCUGGGAGAAGUAGUCUGAAUCAGGACAAGAUAUGAAAAUGUACCUGUGUCCUCCCUCCUGAUGAAAACCACAUACUGAUGAAGCAUCAAACUCUGCAUGUAACACUUAGCAAGAAUGCUUUGUAAUGUUUUAUCACCACUGAAUCAAUUUUCUAUAUUGGAAUCCCAUUUUCUAGUGUUCUUUUUGUAAGUUUUUAUCUCUUUGUUCCAACAUACACGUUUUUAAAGAGACUUUUUAAAAAAUAACAGAAAAAUAAAGUUUAUACAAAAGAAAAAUAUGACACUUUUAAGAAGCUUUUUUAAUAAGCUGCAUUAGGACCAAAGACGUAAUAUCUUGUUUUCUUGCUUUAAAGAAAUAGGGUAUUGAUCACCACUUCCACACUAUGUCAUUACAAGGAAAAGCUGCUGAUCUCCAUCCUGCACUGGGACUGGCCAAAGCAUCACUGUGCCAGGUGGGCUUCACAGGUCACUGAGGCCUGUCCAUAGAAAACCAAACCAAACAUCAGAAUCAGACAUCACUUCAGGGACAGAUCUACAACCUCUGCUCAAUUUUGAUUCAUUUUUCAUUCAACGCGAUAGCUAAACAAGGACACAGUAAAGAAAAAAAGAAACAACUGCAUUAUAUUUUGGCUCAGAUUUAGGAAAAAAAAAUACAGUGAUGAGACAUGAUUAGAUAGCUGCCUUUUAUGUGAGUAAGUGCAUCAGCAGGCAGGGAGACUUUAAAAUGAAAACACUUUUUGUUAUGCAUUACUUUAAUUAUGUGAAGAAGUUGAAAUCACGACACUUCCAUGAUAGGUUUCACUUUCUGCCACACAUUCUCCCUAGUUGGGCAUUGUGUGCAUUUGCAGAUCACCUGUGUUGCCAAAGCCUAGUGGACUGAAAAUCAUGGUUCAUUCACAUCAGCAAUAGCUACUGUACAUAAAGCAAAAUGAGACUGGGAGAGGAGACUGCAGAGACAGCAGGCUGUACUGCAGUUAGAGGAGAAGGAAACCUCAGUAGCAUUAGAAAAAAAAAAGUUUCCUGAAGAAAAAGAACUGAGGACCUGGCUAGAGACAUGUUAAUUGCAUCACUGAAGUCAGCAGGCAAAAUACCUUCGGCAAGUUUUGGGGCUGGUGUUCCACCACCUUUGCUCUUGUCCUCCUGCAUGCUUCAGCUUUGUUGUACAUGGGACUGUCUGGAUGCAGUCUGGUCUCUCUGUAUCUUUCUCCUUAAAAUGAUGAAUUUUCUGAUUAAUAAGGUGAAAAAAAUUAAACACAAAACCACACCUGUGACCUAUCAAAUUGCUGAUUUUUUUUUCUUGUGUAGCUGAACGGUACAUCAUUUCCAGUUGCUCUGGAAUUGAGCCAAACCAUACUCCUGACCUCUCGCAAUCUAACUGAAAACUGUGGAUUUUCAAAUAACAUCAACGCUAUCCUUGUAUUUAAUGAAAGGGACAUGUGAAGUAGUUGUGUACAGUGAUAGGAGGGUUGGCUUACAUACCUAAGUUUCUUUUUAAUCCUACAUUCCUAAUUCUGUUCCCCUUGCAAUUAAUGGGAUGUUAAACUUGAUUUCAAUGAGAGUAUAAAACAAGGCUAAUGUUGAGUGAUUCUGAUAACCAGAGAUCCUAUGGAUCUAUUGCCCAUUUUAGGCUGCUUGGUAUUGAUGCAAUCAAUUGAAUAUAAGGAAUAAUGUCUUUGUUUUAAUGAACUAUCAAGCAAUAUAUCCAUAGAUACAGGUGGUACCCUUGCAUUGUAAAGUUACUCAACUAUGAAAGCACUAUUUGUACAAUAAGAAACUCUUGACUUUUAUAUGGUUUAAUGGUUUAUACUAUUGAUCAAAGAUUGUUUGUAUAUUGAGUGAGAAAAAUGAGGUGUAUAUUAUUCUUUUUAUUUGUUUUUAAUUUGUUGAGAACUUUUGUUGUGAUAUACUGUUGUACUUGGGGGGAAGCAAAAUCAGUGGCUAGCUUGCAGCGUCUGUAGCCAGAGAAGAAAUCACAUUAGGGAUUUUUUUUGGUCGGCUUAGAUUUUUGUAAGAGCGGUCACCUAAGGGAUUUGUCCAGUGCUUAGUGAAGCUAAUAACAGAACCUCUCCUCUCUUCAAUAAUCUUGGGCUCUCUCUAUUGAUAGUGCAGCAGUUCAUAAUGUGAGAAAAAAUCCAGCUAACAGUUGCGACCAUUGGAAGUGUAAUAUAAAAGGGACGGUGCUGCUUAUCAGGGCGUUAAGAAAAGCUGCUCUUUCAAAAUACACGGCAGGUUCUCACUUCUGUUUCAUGGCAGCAAAAGCAGAAGAAUAGUCAAAGAAUCCCUCAGAUUCUCAUCCUUGUGGCGUUUGGCAUACAAGCUAUACUUACUAAUGAACAUCUCUGAAUUUCAUAAUCAUGAGUUAUGCAACAGCAACACAGCACAACUCCAUGGAAAGGAAAGUCAAAAGUUUCAAUUAGAGUCACACACAUGAAAAAUAUUAUUGUACUACUCUAGCAAAAAGGAUAAAUUCUGUUAUCAAAGCAACUGAAAUAAAGCCUCAAGGUUCCCCAAGUAUAAGUAUUUAAUUAUCCAAGUGGUGGAACACACAGCAGACAAAGAUAAAAAGAACUGCGAGAUCUGUGAUAUAAUGGAGCAAAAUACAUUGGGUUUACAGUAUAGUAGAGAGGAUCUAGAAUUGACAGUACACACUCAGCCUGGAUAAGUCCCUGGUAUCAUCACUAGUGAACUAAAUCAUUAUUUCUCUCUAGAGAUUAAUUUUGUACAGAGGGGAAAAGAAAAAAGAAAAAAGAAAAAACAAAAAACAAAAAGAACCACUACAGCACCUUUCUCAUUUUCAUCUUUCCAUCCAGACCUUUCCAACACAUAGGCUGCAUGUUUUACCAGCUCAACUUACUUUAUUCAGAACUUAUGUAGUCUUAAUAUUACUGGUUCUCAGAAAUGUCUAAUGUGUAUUAAUGCAUGAUAUUUUUAUUUUAAUAAAAGUAAUUAAAUAAA